AAUAAUUGUACAGUGCUUGACUCCACAAAUAUAGCAUUGCUCAAAGUUUUAUCGUACACUUGAUUAUUUCUAGCACCCUCAUUCUCAAGGCAUCUUUAUGUAACUACAAUUUGCGGUCCUAGUUGCUGCAUGUUAGUGAGGGAUAUGGGUAUUCAUGGUACCAGGCCAUUCCUCUUAUUUGUUCUGCUUCUACUGCUCAGAGCAUGCUUCUCCGUUAAUGCUGAUGAUACCUUUACGAAAGGUCAGCCGCCCCUUUCGGUGAUAAAUAACGACAGCAUAUCAUCUAAGAAUGGCAGAUUUGAACUCGGAUUCUUCGAACGAGAGGAUGGCAAUCUUGUUCUUCUUGGAGCUUCCUCCAAGAAACCAUUUUGGUCCACAAAUUUGCAGAAUCUUCCCUCAAAUUCAACUGAAGCAGCACUUCUUGAUGAUGGAAAUCUUGUUUUAAGAGAUAGAUCGGACCUUUCUACUAUAUUUUGGGAGAGUUUCGACUACCCAACUGAUACAUGGCUGCCAGGUGUAAAGCUUGGGAUCGAUAAAACUGGAAAAGAACCGAAGCAACUUAUUUCAUGGAAAAAUUCAGAAGAUCCAUCACCGGGUCUGUUCUCAUGUUCGAUGAGGAUAAACCCAAAUGGAAGCAGUGAAUAUAUCUUCGAAUGGAACAGGUCCCAAGUUUAUUGGAGUUCUGGAGUUUGGAAUGGAGAAUCUUUCGCCUUUAUUCCUGAGAUGAGGUUGAAUUAUGUAUUUAACAUCAGUUUUGUGUCAAAUGAAAAUGAAAGCUAUAUGAGUUAUAAUUCUUCUAUCAUGUCAAUAUGUUUUCUUGAUUCUACCGGACAAUUCAAGGCAAUUACAUGGCUGCCCGCGUCUGAGCCGUGGGUUCUAUGGGCUCAACCAAAAUCACUAUCUGAUGUCUAUGCUUUGUGUGGUUCAUUUGGCAUAUGUUAUUAAUUGAUAACAUAUAUUAUUUUA